CCUCGCCAUCUGUUGGGUCGAUACUACCAAGUACUGUCAGCUACUGCCAGCCUCUGACAGCCUCGUUGUUGAGUGACGGGAGCACGUCAAACUGGUUCGAACAAAAUCGUGCUUGUAGUGAAACAGGGAAGAAAGAGAGCGCAAGUUGACUGGUACGGGCAUCUUUCAUCACGAUAUGGCAGAUUGUUCUCAGUCAAACAUCCCCCGCCACAACCCGAAAAUGCCUGGCUGUCUCCAGGCUUUUCCAUGAUCUCGCUGCUCGCAUUGUCUUUUCGACGCUACGUAUACAGUUCGGGUGCUGGGAAGCCAGCUAUGACUUGUUGACGAGCCGUCAUUGUGUGCUGCUGCACACCAUCACCGACCCUGUGUUUGCGUCUUACGUCAAGCAUUUACACAUAUAUGCGUUCGCGGACAAAUUCACGACCUCCGAAAUGUUGUCAUUAGGCGGCGUAACGAAAGCAAUCGGCACUCUGUCCAAUUUACGUACACUGAGAUGCGACGAGCUCCUGGAGCACUGGCGCGACGCUGUAUGUCUCCGCGAUACCAACUGCCGUGAUCCUCUCAUGAAGCACUAUAGGAUUCAGUGCUUGAGUGCGCUGCCGGCUCUUAAGAGAUUACCAGCAUCAAGUCUUUGUUGUAUUUUCCGGAGCAAAUUCUUUGGAAGAGAGCUGCACUGGCCAUGCGAGUAUACCGCUCGUCCUUCGCAUCACUACUUGAGCCCGCAGAGUUCUCUAACGCAGCUUACCGCACCAAACAGGCGUAACCUCGAUCUCAUUUCCCCCCAUUGCACUCGACUCGAGUCCCUGCAGAUUAUCCUUCACCUGGAUUUUACUUCGGAGCUCUGUGUCGCUCUAGCAGCAAACCCCGCCGCGUUCCCUCAUCUCACGUACCUCAAGCUACUCUCGGACGAUUUUGUGGAUGGCACGAGAGUCAAUGCGGUGGCUAGCUUCAUCCGACCGAAGACGAAGCUGCGGUGUCUGGAUUUUAACGGCCAGUGCAGCACUGUUGAAGAACUAUCUCCUGUCUUAGACGCUAUUCGAUCGCUAUCAGACCUAGAAAUCCUUGGUCUUGAUGUUGGACUCGGGCGAUUUGGACAGGAAACGAUUGAUUUGCUCAGAUGUACAAUUCCCAAAGGAGUUACCGCCCUACGUCUCGGGCUUGACUACGACGACCUGGCUGCACCAGGAGGUUACUCAUGGCCGAACUGUCAUGCUGCAGUGGCAGGUCUACCGAAGUUGACUUUUGCCCACAUCGGCGACGUCGAGACUCGUUCGGUCACAUCGAUACCGGACCUCGCUGAUGCUAUCGCCUCUUUGAGGCUCGUAGGGCAUUGCUCGCGCUUCCACGAGGUGUAUCGCGCGGACGAUGGAGUCACGCUCGGCGAACCUUGGUCCGCUACAAAGGUGCAAUUUCGAACGGUAGAGGACUUCGGGUCCAAAGACUGGGAAUGGUUGAUGCGAGGCCAUUUUCUACCAUAGACUAAUUUCUGCGAGGGUGAUGCUUGAUUGGGUGUUAACGUCAAAGGGAGAAGCAAAUGGUGCCUGGUAUGCUGCGCAUUGACUUUCAGUAGAUGGUGGAUUGGCUCUGUAGUGAAAGGAUAGUAUGCAACCAAUGUGUCCGAGUUCGACAGCUGGCUCGAAAU